ACCUCGCCUCGGCUCGGCGGUCAGGUUGGCGGCAGCUUCGCCAACCGGCGCGGUCAUGCUAGUCAACUCUCCAUCUCGGAUCCUAGCCAUCAUGUUACUGAAGCGAUUGGCACACUCUACGGCGACGAAGAUGAAUCACCGCUGGCGGACAACAUGAAUAGACCGUUGAGUUUCAUUGGCGGCUCGCCUUUCUCCGAACAAAUCCAUUUUGUACCACAAAACAGAGAUCUUUUGUCACCCGAUGCGUCGAGACAAACAAAUAGGGCGGCGUCAGAGCCAACAUCGCCCUUGUUCAAUGGCGAACGGGGCAGUCUCAAAAAGUCGCCUCCAGCGAUGCUCCAGGGUCAACAACGUAAAGGCUCUUUUGAAAAUGGUCCAAAAUCACCACGAUCACCACCUCUGUCUCUCCGAGACGUGCAAACGGAUGCGGCUACCUCUCAAUACACACUCACAAACAUCGAUAAUGCGAACGACAUUGCCCAGGAAUUAAGUAAUCUACAAGCACUCAGGCGGAUGUCAAUGGAUGUGGGGAAUAUCAAAGAUCCGGACAUGCCUCAGAUGUCUCUCUCGAGCAUUCCCCUGGUUGCACCAACUGGUGAUGAUGAUGAGGCCGAUCCUUCACGUUUACUCUGGGUGCCCGCGCGAGUUCACCCGGAACUAGCACCAACGGAAUUCAAGUCAUUUCUUGAAACUCGAGUCCAAUCGAUACGUAGGAAGUCGAGAGAUAUGGGAUUGGGUGACGGAGAUCUCGGCCCCAGCAAUUCAGGCUCAUCACUAGGCGUGGGUCAGUCCCUGAGGCGACAAAAGUCAAAGCUUUCGAGGCAGAUUGUGAAUAAUACAGGCCAAGGUGCCUCGGGAUAUGUUGAUGGUGCUGAAAGACUUGAACGACAAAGAUCACAACGAGAACGACAGAACUCCGAACUCAGUUUAGAGGACCUUGUCAAGGACCCAACCAAAGCUGUGAAAAGGCUCGCUCAAGAAUCCCAGGCUGCCAGCGAUGGCGCGGAAGGCAACCCUGAUGAUAGGCCUAUUUUGCCAAUGCCUCCCGGCAUGGGUCUUCGAAGAUCUACCAGGACCCAAUACCGCAAAGGUGGAAGUUUACGGGGAGAAAGGCCUUUCUCAAGACGCAUAGGGCACCGCCACCAGGAGAGCGAGGACUCGGGAACCCCCCCAGUUCCAGCUCCACCAGGACACGCGAUUAUGAGAGUACAAACAGAGCCCAUUUCCGAAGAACAGUCGAGAUCCUCAGCUCGUUCACCUGAGCUUACUCGAGAAUCUGCGGAGUCCUCAACUACACUCGACAGCCCCUCGCCACGAGCUGAGCGGCCGCCAACGCAGGCGUCGUCUCAAGAGUCACACGAGCCAGCAAAAUAUGCUUCAGCUUCCGAUUAUAGCCCACGGCCUUCCGAGGUUACGGUGGAACAAGACAAAGAAAUUGGCUCACCUCCCCGAGAGGGCUCAGUGCGCUCACCAAUCCCAUCACAAUCAGAACCUGCCCAUGAUCCUAUUCCUUCCGAGUUGCCACCAAAGUCGUCUCGACGCAAAUUGAGCCAGAAUGCAUCUCCUUCUCACCAAUACACAAAGCCAGCACCUAAUGCUUCACAGAAUUUAAAUGAACAGAUUGCAGGGAACUCUAAUUCUUAUGGCGGAAACAGCUCCUCAAGAACUGAUAGCCUGGCUUUCAUCCCUACCUUCAACAGUCAGGACGAGAAAAAGAAGUCAAAGAAGGACAAGGAUGACGAUUCUGCGUCCACCAAAUCAACAAGCAGCGCAUGGAAAUGGUUCAAGAGCAGCAGUGAGGACAAGGAGAAAAAGAAAGAAGAAGGCAAGAAGUCGAGAACAAAGGCACUUGUUGAGCGAGCCCAAGAUAAUGUACGGCUGGACGUCAUACAGACGUCGAUCGAUAAGACGGCGAUCAAGGGUCGCGAGAGCGUCGUAUUGGAUCGGGAUAGUGUGGAUAGCAAACUUCAAGAUGAUCGGAGAAAGGAUGGCCACCGAAAGAGUGACGGGAAGAAGGAGAAGGAUUCCAGCAUUUUUUCGUCCAUCUUUGGAGGCAGCAAGAAGAAGGAAGAGAAGGACAGGCACAGCAAGAAGUCCCAGCAUCUCCGAGUCCCGUCCGAACCCCCUGUCGUCAAACCCUUGGAACCCGAUGUCGACUAUCACUGGACUCGGUUUCCCCUCUUGGAGGAGCGGGCUAUCUAUCGAAUGGCACAUAUCAAACUGGCAAACCCUCGACGCCCGUUGUUAAGCCAGGUAUUGCUCAGCAACUUCAUGUACAGCUAUUUGGCAAUCGUUCAAGCGAUGCAUCCCAACAUGAACGUCCCCGUCUCCCCCCAGCAGAAACGUCUUGAGGAAGAGGCCAGACGAAAACGGGAAGAGGAGGAGUAUUUGGCCCAGCAGCAGAUGCAGGCAGGACAAAAUGAACAAGACCUGGACCAGUAUGACUUUGAUUAUCAUCGGUCUGCCGUGGCAUACGGUGAGGCCGGGGCUAACGAAGAGGUGGACUACGUUGAUGACGCUCAAAUAUAUGAAGAUGAGCAUGGGACUGAUCACCAUCACCAACAAACCCGUCAGCAGGAUUAUGGUUAUGAGGGUACAGACUCCUACGGUCACGAGGUGAAGGAUUAUUACCAGUAUCACGACAAUGAUCAACGUCGUGAUGGAAGAGACAACAAUAUGUGGUGA